GGCCAGAUCAUUCGCGGUCCGACGCCAGUUCGAGAAGCUUUGCCUCGUCUUCAAACAGUGUGAAAAGGAUAUUUUCGGUUAAACACCCAAUUUUAAGAGGGGCACAACGCGUGCCAGGUGCAAAGUUCGUGAUCGAUUCGGUGGAACCAAGUGAGGCGGGGACACCAUGCGUUCUCUCAUGUUGUUAUCCUGCCUGGCCCUGCUGGCUUGCGUCCAGGCAGCGGUGACAGGACCGGAGGCUCGUUCCGGUCUGGACUCCAAGGAUCAGCAGCUGGCCACAGCAAGUGUAGGCAUCCUUGACUCUGUGCUCCGAGGAAAGAGUCGCCAGUCACGUUGUGUGAGAUGCUACGAGGAUCGGGACAGAGAUCGCUAUUAUGGUGGAUACUCCAGUCGAUCGGGAGAUGAUUCGCGUAGCAGUGCCUGGUAUUAUUCCGGAUACGAUGAUCGCAGCAGCAGUAGGGAUCGCGACUACGAUCGGUACUACGAUCGAUCGCGUUAUUACGAUGAUCGUUAUACCCCAAGGACUUAUGAUCGAUAUGAGGGUCGGGGAUACGACGAUUACAGAAGGGGAUCUGGAUAUGGAGGAUCUUACGACAGGGAUCGCGGAUAUGGAUACGACAACAGGGAUCGCUACUACGAUCGCUAUAACGAGGGAUCAUCCAGGGACCGCUACUACGAUCGCUCGAGGUCCAGCUACGAUCGCUACGAUCCGUACGAUCGCUACUACUCCAGGUAUGAUUUUCGCAACUAUCGCCCUUGGGAUGAGACCUACAGAGGACAAUCCGGUUUCGAUAACUCCGGACGUGGCUACUACUUUGCUGGUGAUGAUGAUGAUAUGGAUAGUGGCAGGAAUCGAGGCUACGGAUAUUCCUAUUCCCGACCAUCCUCCUCGAUGAGUUCUCCUUGCGGUCGCAUCUCCGGAAAUUGUCCCUAUUCCGGUGGCUCCAAGGUAACCUCCUCGGCCAUUGGAAGCGACAGUUCCCGAGUGGGUGGCCACACCAAUGCCAUCGGAUCGGAUGGCGGUCCUGGCAGUUGGACAUAUCUGGGGGAUGAUAAAACCAUCGGUGGCAGCAGCAGCAGUGGAUCGAGCAGCAGCAGCGGAAGUGGCAGCAGCAACGGUUCAAGCGGCAGCGGCGGCAGUCGGGAGCGGGAAAGGGAGAGGGAGAGGGACAGGGAGCGGGAUGCACAGAGCUCUUCCUAUGGUGGCCGACCACGUCCUCUAGGCGUUAGCUAUCUGCUCGAACGGGACGCGGACACACCGUCGGACGGUCCAGGGAACACGGCGAAUUCCGCCGGCAAUGGUGCAAGUGGUGGUGGUGGCGGUGGAGGUGCCAGUGGUCAGAGCAUGCCCGUCCCAGCUGCCCAGACAGCCGCCGAGGGAAGUUCCGGCACCGCUAAGCAGUAACUGGAAAAUGGAAACCGGAACGAGAUCCCAGUUGGAGUCCAAGUCCAGGAACGGAUGCAAUGCAGCGGCUGGGAGAGAUGUCCGCCCGGUGGGCGUGGCAGGGCUUAGUGUAACCUACCUUCCGUAUUUAUGUGUAAUUCGUAAGAUAAGUCUCCAAAGAAACUAUUUAUGUGUGUGGCACAGCUUUGCUCAAAAUAAACAAACUUCAAAGAUCCUCAAAAA